AUGAAAAAGAAAGGCGUUGAAUUGAACAAAAAUUGCAAAAUGGAGAAAGAUAAUGCUGUCGAUGAACCAGCAAAAAUGGUUUUAAUUUCCAACGAAGGCGGUCGCUACGAAGUUGCUAAAGAUUUAUUACUACAGUCCAGUGAUUAUUUUCAAGCCCUGGCAAACAGUGGAAUGAGAGAUGCAAACUUUAAAGAACUUACGUUGGAGUGUCUUUCCGACGCAUGUCUACAUGAAGUCGAACAUUUUUUAUCGAAUGUACAAAGCAACGAGGAUCAUUUUGGUGCCAGGGACUUGUGCUGCGUGGAAAAAGGUUUAGAGGGCUCACUCUAUCUUCAAAUUCGAAGCAUGACAGAUAAAUAUCUCAAUAAUUUAUUGGGCCUAUUGAAUGAAUCAACUUACGCACGCAUUUUGCAGUUCGCAAACAAAUUCGACUUGUUUGAGGCAAUCGAGAGAGUUUUUGAGUUCAUUUUCGACAAUUUAAAGUGUAUUAUUUUGAGAUCCGAAAUACUAUCACUGUCACCAGAUGGAAUGAUACGCUUGGUUGAAUCGGAGCUUGUUAAUGUUGACUGCGAGUUAGAUAUUUUCGAUUUGAUAGUAAGAUGGACUUCAGCUGACGAAUCAAGAAGGCAGUAUGCAGAACUACUGUUCAGUAAGGUGAAGUACAAUUUGAUGGCGGAGCCAGAAAAAAGGAAGGCUAGUAACGUACUUGAAAAGUUAAAAAUAAACGUUCAGACUGAAGACCAUGGUUUUCGUACAGUUGGCAAAAUAUUUGGUUUCGGAGCGCCAGAGAUCGAGGUUGAACAACCUUUCUCUUCGCUAUCAGUUUACGAUUUUGUCAAAACUUUAUCCAACAAAACUACCGUGUUCCCUUUCGAUGAUUUUAAAUAUAUCAAGAUUCGGAAGUGGAUUCCUCUCUUUGUAGGCCACAGGAUUUGUACAGCAAAUAAUCAGAUAUAUUUUGCUGGCGGAGUCUACAAAUGUGAUUCAACAACCAAGAGUUUGAAAGUAUAUGAUGUAAUCAGUUCGAAGUGGUCACAGCUAUCUAGUAUGCAUGUCGCAAGAGCUUUUUUCUACUUCGGUGAAAUGGGAGGACAUUUGUAUGCGGUUGCUGGUGUGACUCUUUUUGGUGAUCAUCGCACGUUCAUUCAGACAGCGGAGAGGUACAUUCCCGGAGAAGACAGAUGGUACACGAUAGCACCUUUGCCCAUUGCUGUCGCCUUCUUAUCAGGUACUGCAUGUAACGGUUUGUUGUAUGUUAGUGGGGGAUACAAAGAAGAUGGUAUUUCAGUCAACCUGGUGUAUAUGUACAACCCCGCAUGUAACCAGUGGUUUGAAAAAGCUCCGAUGUUGACAGCACGUAAUGAUCACUUCAUGACGGCGUUAAGAGACAAAAUUUUUGUUGUUGGAGGGAAACGUGUCCCAACCGUGGAAGUAGAAGAUAACUUAGAAAGUGUUAUGGACGCUGAGAUGUUUGAUUGCACAACUGAGCAGUGGACAUCCGUACUGACACUUAAGCAGUCUUUCUGGACUCCUCAAAAUGCCAUUAUCCUUAACGGCUCCCUAUUUUGUUUUACUCUCAAUUGGUUUAAACAUAACUAUUCGAUACAAGAAAUCAACUUGAAAAAGUAUCUGGAUGUCGACACAUCAUCAUCAAAUGCAACGAGUGAUGAAGAUGCAUGCAUCCUUUACAACUAUUCCACCCAAUCGGAUCUGAUAUGGGCAUGGGACCUCCAAGCAUUCUAUAUCACUAUUCCCACAAUUCCACUCAACCAGAUCUGAUUAUUCACGACCAGAGCUGUGUCGGAGAGUAUGCAGCAGUUUAGGCCGUAUACCCAGUGGUUUUUUACGUGACAAGUUGUUUUAUUGCUUGCUAGUUUAUUACUUACUAAUUAAUUGGUUUUAUUGAAUGAAUGUUUGUUUAUUUCUAUUCGAAUUAAAAGUAUUGUUAUAUAUUAAUAGUGGAGAAUUUACUAUAUAACUGAAUGUUUAAUCAUUUGGAUUAUUUUAAAUUUGAUAAGUUUUAUAACAUUAACCGUUUUAUUAUUUGGACAUUUUGAAUUAAAACAUUAACUCGGACAUUAUAAUAUUUCAUAAAGAUAUUGCCUGAUGAGCGCAUUCUAAGCGCUAAACGCUUAGCGAAGAUAAUAAAAGGGUUAUACUAACUGUAAUAAUAAUUGUGUUUGUCAAAAAAAUUUGUAUUGUC